GGCCGCGCAGUCUCGCUAGACCAGUGACGGUUGAUCGUACAACGCUGCGAAAUUGUGAUAAAUAAUAAUGGAUUCAAGCUCAAGCUCCGAAUUGACACCAAAAACAGAAGUGGACACUGAAGGCGACACUAAACGUGUGCAAUGGACAUCGGAGAACACUGCCAAACUGAUUGAGGCAUUCGAAAAGGAGUGUCGAGAGUUGUGGGACACUAAACACAUAGCGAACAAGGAUAAAUCAGUACGGCAAGCUAAACUUGAGUAUUUAGCUACUGUUUUCAAUACUAAUUCGGAGGAAAUAAGCAGGAAGUUGCAUAAUCUGAGGACACAGUUUAACAAUGAGUUGAGGAAGAUUAAGAGGAGGGCCGCGGGAGGGGAGGCGAGUUCUAGUUCAGCUGUGACAAGUGGCUGGGAGUACUUUGAGUCGCUGCUGUUUCUACUGAGGGAGCCACUGGUGGAUACUGUGGAGAGCAUGGAUGCGGUUAGCUUGGCGCUGGCAGAAUUCCAAGCAGACGAAGAGAUAGAGUUCGAGGCGGCAGCAGCUCGCAGUCGCCUGUACCCUCAGCCGAGCCUGUCCACCCGCAAGCCCACCAUGCGGGUCGCAGCCUCCGCACCCAACCCGCUGCCAGCCAGCGCCAACCCAAUGCUGUGGCCCGACGAGCCACGGCUGUAUCCCAACAACAUUCCUGAUGAAUGCCAAAUAUUCGGCGACUUCGUGGCUUCAGAGCUUCGCUUGCUUCGCAAUCUGGACAACAGGAGCCGGCUGAAGAGGAUCAUCCAGAAGGCCAUCCUCCAGGUCGCAGAGGAAGACGACGCUCACGUUUUAGCUUUACGCCGGAGCCGUUUGCAUAGUGCCAUGUCAACUGAUCCUUUGAAUUAGGAACCUAAAUUAAAAAAAUAAAACAUCUCCAAAUGGUUCACCAAUCAUAGGGCGCGCAUUAAAACAGUGGCUUGUGAUUGGAUGCAAGGAUCACGUGAACGCAGUUGAUGCGUGCUAAUCUUUAUCCUUUAAUUUUCCAGAUCUCCAUAUUUUUAUUUUUAUGUUACUAAACCAUGAAUAUUAAUAAAUGUAAUGCGUACUUUUA